CCACUGCCCAGGCAGGAUCCCCGAUGGCGCCACCCCCGGCUCCACUGCUGGUUCCGAUGCCUGGGGAGAUCUGGCCUGGUUUCAGGAAGCCUGAGCUUGUGAGCUUCGCGGACGUGGCCGUGUACUUCUCCCCGCAGGAGUGGGGGUGUCUGCGGCCCACGCAGAGAGCCCUGUACCGGGAGGUGAUGCGCGAGACCUACGGCCUCCUGGGCGCGCUCGGGCUUCCUCGGGAGUCUCCAUUCAGGCAAGAGCAUCGCAAACCCUGCGCAGGGUUCCCGGGCCCCAAACCAGCCCUCAUCUCUUGGAUGGAACAGGAGACUGAGGCUUGGAGCCCCGCCGCCCAGGAUCCUGAGGAGGGGGAAAACCUGGGAGGAGCUCCGAGAGGAGACACUCCAGAUGAGAAGGACUGGGCCUGCAAGGAAGGAGGUGAGAGGCCAGCAGAGAUUCCUGCUCAGUUGCAACCGAAAGAGGUGGUGGAACAUAAGACUUAUCCCAUGGCUACCAAGGCCUCUGCAGGGGCACAGCCACCUACCAAAGCUGUCCCAGACCAGAUUGCAGGUGUGCAGCUUCCAGUCCAGGUACCCGACACCGAUAUACAGGCCAGCCAGCGCCGCCAUGUGUGUGUGGACUGUGGACGCCGGUUUACCUACCCGUCUUUGCUGGUCAGCCACCGGCGCAUGCACUCUGGUGAGCGACCUUUCCCCUGCCCAGAGUGUGGUGUUCGCUUCAAGAGGAAGUUCGCAGUGAAAGCACACCAAUGGAUCCACCGUUCCUGCUCAGGGGGUCGCCGCGGUCGAAGGCCUGGGAUCCGGGCUGUGCCUGGAGCCCCAGUCCGAGGUGACCAGGAUCCACCAGUGCUCUUUCGGCACUAUCCGGACAUCUUUGAGGAGUGUGGGUGAGUUGAACAGUUGCCUCUGUCUGAAGGUCUGGAGCGGAGCAUGGACUUGGCACCAAGAGUGAACUGAGUCAAGACUUGAGAAUUGAAAUAAAUCCGUUUGGCUUCUCAAGGAUCCCUUGUAAAUUUGUAAAAAGAAAAGUGCCUGUAAAGAUUCAUACAGAUUAAACCUGACACCUGUUAGACUCCC